AUGGUUGCAAAAAGUCCCAAUGCUUUUUUUAUUUAUCGUAAAGUAUUUUUGGAUCAGUUGACACUAUUAGAAAAUAAUGCUAAUUUCAAAAUGACCGAUGUUUCUAAACUGGUCAGUUUCUAUUGGAAAAAUGAACUGGAAUCUGUUAAAGAUGCUUAUCGUGAAAUUGCUCAAGAAGUUGAAAUCAAACUCAAGGAAAUUAGAAAGAAAGAAGUGAAUUCUAGAGUUGUUUGGAAAAAGUGUAAAUUAGGUAUUAAUAAACGAAAGGAUUCAACCACAACAAUUAACUCAAAGACCAAGUCUAAUGUUUCAACAAGAAAACCUAAUAAACGAUCCGGAAUUAAGAUGGAAUUAAAAAAUUUCAAUGGUAAAGUCGACGAUGAUGAUAAAAUAAUUAAUCGUGUAAAUAAAGCCAACAAUAACGAAACGGUUGUUAAAGCUGACGAUAGUGAAUUAAUUAUUAAAGCCGAGAAUGAUGACGACGGAAAGAUUCUUCAUGUCAAUCAUGACAAAAUAAAUAAUGAUGAAAAAAUUGAUAAAGUUAUUAUUGAUGGUAAUGAAAAAACUCUCGACAACACAAACAUCCAUCACAACAACAAAAAUAAUGAGAUAUUUAAUAAUAAUCAUCAAAUCUUUGAGAAUACAUUUAUCGAAGAAAAUUUUAUUAAUGGUGAAUUUAAUGAAGAGUAUUUGGAUUUCAAUCAUAAUGAUAGUGCUAUUCAACUUCAACGUAUAUCUCUAAGAAAUGAUCGUCUUAAACGAGAUAAAAUAAAAAGAUACAAAGAGUCAAUCCAACCAAAUGAGAUUUUGAAACUUGAAGAAUCCAACAAAAAUAAAACUAAAUCAUCAAGACAAAAUUUUUUAGAAGCAUUAAAAUCAAAGGAAAAAAGAGAACAUCAAACAGGAUUUGAAAUACCUGAUUUAUUAGAUCCAAAAAAUGUUAAAAUAUUACGUGAGUGGGACGGUGACCCAAAUUCUUUAUCAAGAAUCAAAUUGAUUCAUAUACAACAAGAUCCAAAUAAUCACUCAAAAGAAAAAUCUUGA